AAGCCCUUGUCUGACGCACUUCCGGAGCGACGGGACAGAGGAAGCCGCGCUGGCUGCGAGGGCAGCGUCGGGGAAAUGGUGGUCACCAGGUCCGGGCUGUCCCGGACCACACUCCGGGCCGCGUCGGAAAGCUCCCAGCAGAAGAGUUCUGCCCCUCAAGGAAUUGGGACACAUCUAGAAAGCAAGAAAGAAUCAGGAUCGGAUGACAGAAGUACUGCUGAGCCACAGACUGCUGAGAAACAAAGUUCAGCCCUCUCCAGAAAGAGGAAAAGUAGAAAUGCAGGCCCUCCAGCAGAGAUAGCUGAACCAGCCACCGAUGCAGAGGCCUCUGAGGCAGAGUCCCAUGCUUCAGGGGUUUCUUCUGUGUUGGAGGUCCAGGAGCCCAUUGUAAGAGUAACUAGGAAGAGGAAGGUUGUAAUUGCACCCACCCCAAAGUCCAGUGUUAGGAAAAGGCAGAAAAUCACCCCUCAACACGAAUCUCUCGAUGAAGGAGUUGUUUCUGACGCAGAGUCUCAUGCUUCGGGGGUUUCCAUGAUUGUACCUUCCACAGAAAGAAGCAGCAGAAGAAAGAAGGGUAAAUCUGAAAGAGAGUCAAGCCAAGAAUCACAGGCAGAAGCCAUAUCUGAUGCUGAAUCCUCAUGCUCAGGCAUUUCCUCCCUUGGGGCUACAGCCAGGAGACUAGCCAGGGGUAUGCAGAAGAAAUUACAGGCCCAGGCUGAGAAGGAAGAUACUAAGGUUAUACCAGGAAAUAAAAAGCAAAUCAUGGAUACAUCUGUGAAUUCGGAAGACUCGGAUGUUAGACAGACCUCUCAGUUACCAGCAAGACCACUUUCUCAGGUAAAUAGGCCGGAUUUCUCUAAUAAUGACCUCGAUGAUUCCAUCCACAGAAAUUCAGAAAAAAAACUAACAACACAGAACCACCAACAUUUGCAUAGACAAGAAGGAAACCAAGCCAGUGUUGCAUCUCUUACAGAAAUCAGGAAGGAGAAUUGUCAGAGCCUAGAUGAAGAGGACACCAAAAUAAUAGACGAAAAAAAAAUUGAUGGGAGAGAUUCCCAGUUGAAUCUUUCUGAAGUUCAAGACCCUCACCUUCAGCAGUCAGCUUCUCAGAAUCAUUCAAGCACCCCGAAUAGUAAAGCCAUAUCACAGCCUUCAAGUCCACACAGUGAGGCCAUAAUGAAGUCAUUAGAGAACAAGUUUGCAGUUGUGAAAAUAGAAAGACUGAAUGAAGAGGGAGCAGACAGCCUAAAGACGGGCGACUUGACACAAUUCAGUGAUCACGGUGAUAGUAAUGAAGAGCCCACAAGUGUGGUGUGGGAAAACAACAGCCUAAGUGAUGUGGGUCCUGAAUGUGAUACUAGACUAUCCAAGUCUGAACUCGGCGUGUCUCAGGAUAUGGAUAGUUCUGUUUUACUGUUUCUUAGCAGUGAUGAAAGCCAACAGUCUGAAAACAGCGAGAUUGAAAAGGACACUGUGUGUCCUGUUGAAAACGGUGGCCAGAAGGAGUCGUCAAGUGGAGACUCGGAAGAGCCGGCCUGUGGUAGCGCACUGUUUGUAAUUGAUAGAACUCCUGGAUUGAGUGCUGAUAAAAAUUUUACCUGGAAACAAGGCCCGAGCGAAGUUGCUGUUGAGGAAGAGGAGGAAGAAGAGGAAGACAGUGAAGAAUCAUCAGACAGUGAUGAAAAGAAAGGCGAGUCUAGUGACGAGGAAGACUUACUGAACAACACAAAGUCUAAGCUGUCCUCAGGGCGAGGUGGGGCCUCAUGAGCUCCUGGACCCUCCAUUACAAAGUGCCGACUGGUCCAGUCAUGUGCAGUCGAUCAACAGCUUCUGUGAGUUCCCAGGUGCGACUCCCAUGUCCUACCCAGAACAGCAUUCCACACUGCUGCUCUCUGCCCCUUCCUCCCACUUGUACAUGUUCUCUGCCCCUCUCCUGCAGUGUUCCCUGAGCUUUGGAAGAGGUGAUACAGAUGUCCCACUUAGAACCGAGC